AAAUGGCAGUCAUGUUCAAUCCCACUGUGGUGGCAUAACGCUAUUCACUGGUUCUUGCUGGACCACUCGCGUUUUAAAGCAUUGUUCUUCCUCUCUCGUAGUCUCUGGACAGCUUGAGUCGGCAGAAUCGUACGGCUUGGGCAACACGGGCCCCUUUGGUGUGCACGAAGGUGCAGUGCCCGCUGGCCACAUGCUUCUCCAGUUUCCAGCGCCCGUGCAGCUGUUCUUCACGGACCAGUUCGAAGCUGGAAACAGCCAGAAGUCUGGAGGCAAUGGAAGCCUUCUUGUCCCUGGGCCAACUGUGAGUGCAACAGACGCACCUGCUCCCUCGAAAAGCCAUAAGCCAAGACCUCGCCGCAAACCGAGUACGGGCAAGAAAAGGCACGGGUGCAACCUUUGCACAAAGAGCUUCAUCACGGCACGAGACCUGCGCACGCACCUGCUGAAACACCAGGGCCACAAGCCAUUUCACUGCCACCUGUGCCCAGCCACCUUUCUGGCACGUGGCUACCUGGCCGACCACCUGCAGAGUCACUUGACCACCAAGCGCUGCAAGUGCGACCUCUGUCCAAGGUCGUUCAUGCGCCCCGUGCAGCUCAAUCGACACAAGGAACGCGACCACUCUAACACGACGUGAACGCUCUUGCAAAGAGUUGUGCAGUGGAACCACUCUAUGAUUGCUAUAAUGAAGUACGCUGCAUUGUUUUGCUGCACAAAGCAGUGAUCUCCUAGCAAAUUGAGUUUAAGCGUCUGCAACGUCAUACUAUUGUUCAAUGCUUGAAAUGCACACACAUAAAUUGUUCCAUGGUUAGGAUCAGAGGGAUAUAUAUGGACGUUAAAUUCAGCGUGGUGCGAAUUGAGGUAGUAAAGAUAAGAUCUGCAAGAUUUCAAAGUUAUGGCAUGAUUAACAUAGCCAUAUAUAAUAACUAAUAAUUAAGUUGAAGUGAACUGCAGUAGCUGAUAGCAGUGGGGAGCAGGUUCAUUUUCCCUGUAUCUGAACGAAGCCGCUUUGUAAAGUUAGUUAGAUGCUUGGUUCAGUAAAUAACUUUUAUUGCAGUAACAGCAGUGACAAUGCAUAAGCCGAGCUGCCUAGAUCCGAUGCCUAACUUUUUACACUAUCCACCACAAUUUCUCAGUGGCUGUUGUUUUAUGCUGGUGAGCUUUCAGUCACGAAUUCGACUCCCAGUUAUAGUGGCCAAGCGUCAGGCAGAGCUAAACGCAAAAGUGCUUCAUAACAUGCGUUAUGUGUGCGUUGAUAGGCCCAGCUGGUCAGAAUAAUUUUGCAGUUCCUUUUAACUACACAGUACAGUCAAACUUCGAUAUAACGAACCUGGAUUUAAUCGAUGUUCACGAUGUAACUACAGUUAAACCUCUAUAUAACUAAGUCGGUAAAAUCGGCAAUUUGCUUCAUUAUAACAAAAUCUUGUAUUGAAAUUUGACCUUUUAUGCAAAUAAGUACAGUCGCUGAUCCAUUUUUCUCAUGCAGAAAGGGGCCAUAAAAUUUUCCGAAUCGUCGGGCAAUCAAAGAAAGCAAAUUUGAAUGAGAAAACAAUUCCUUUUUGUUGAAUUUGAGAGUCGGAGAGAAAUGAUACGGUUUCAUGCCACGUUGACGAUAUCUUCACAUUGGUGGUACAAAUUAGGCGAAGCCAGCCACGCUAUCGCGUCUACAUCGCCCUCGCUGCUGAUAUCAUUGCCCGCAGUGGGACGACGCUAUUCUGAAAAGCACUGGCAGUGGAGUGCGAAUGCUUCGUCUAUCUCUUGCUUCAACAGGUCUCCAAAACUCAAGAUUACGCAACCUCUAAUACUAAGCGCGUGGGAAGACAGCUUACUUGAUGCCAUGCCGGCUCGUCACACCCACUGUUUGCACAUGCAGAUUACCUCUAAAGCAAGGUGCGUGGCUGCGCAUGCACUCAGCCGCGCUUACAGCCAUGCACAGCCACAGCCAAGACACGUGCCAGCUUACCUCCCACCAUCCGCCCCACCCCUUCGCGCGCUAUUGAUCGUGUGGCCACGAGCUCACUCCCGUCCCCCUCUUUCCCCUCGGGAAGGCGGCACUCGUGAAGUCACCUUCUUUCUUGUCCCACCUUCGCACGCUUUCACUCGCACCUAAGUCACAUAAUGCGCGGGACACGAUAGGAUCUUACCGCCCUUGGACUUUAUACAGAACAUGACGCUGGUCCACUUUGGCGGUCGCUCUUGUUGCGCGGCACACGAUUUGAGAGGUGCGUCCGCAAGCAACCGCUUGUAAAUCAAUUAUUUGACCAUCUGCGCUCGCAGAAGUUUCCAUUUAUUAUCUCGGUAUUCCUUUGCGGGGGCAGUGAACUUUCGUUAUACUGAAAUCGUGCAUAAACCCACAACUAUAUAUUGAGGUUCAAAUACAUGGUGUUCUAUGGACAAGAGCUUAUGAAAAAUAAAUAUUUCGUUAUAUAGAGAAUUUCGUUAUAUUUAAAUUCGUUACAUCGAGGUUUAAUUGUAUUUUCAUUUCUCAAUCUUAGUUUUAUUAAAAACCAUGUAUUUUUUUCAUGAUUUAACGAAGUAAUUUCGUGACAAGGAUUUGAUAUAACUAUAAAUUUUUGGCCAUUUCAAGCAUGUACUUGGAGCCUGUAUGGCUGGUAAAUCUAGCAGAAAACUAUAAAAAUGUCUGAGGCAAAAUUUAUUUGCAAGCGUCCUGCCACAUGAAAAGUUCAAGCGGUGAAAACACCGUUGAGGCGCGAGCAGCGGGACGCCGUAUGCAGGAAACACCGCUGCACCAUUUGUAACGUUGGUAAACAACUUGCCGAGACCACGAGUCACGCAGCGGCUCGUAGUAACACGACAGCUGACGAUUUCUCCUAUGCAAGGAGGGCGGGGGGGAAGGGGUGGUAACCUGAUCAAGCAUGUGUGAAAGGGGGGAGGCUGGAAAUCUAUCUGCGCUUUUCCUCUUGCAUACCCGUCACCUCCUCUACCCUUGCCGUGGCUUCGCAUGCCUUUCCGUACACGGGCCACAUGCCAUAUCUUGGAGAUAAUCUGCAGCAAGUGCAAAGACGGAACCGAGAUGGUUGGUGCCUUGAUGCCCAUUGUGUUCCUGCACCUCUCGUGUUGGCGGUCGCUUAAUGUCAAGUUUCCGAGACACGGUGCAAGGCAUUUGCUGGCAUUGUCACAGUGAGCGUUCGUGUUCAUUGAGUGAAAUUUGUUCGUGUUUGCCUGAGAGUGCCCAACACCGGUAAAACUAAGUCUGCCACUACCAUCAAUGCAACGCCUUUCUGGCGAAACUGCAAUAUCUUCUUUUUGUUUUUCUCGUGUUGAAUAUCCGCAUCUUUUUAUACAUUUGUUUUAAAUUUGCGGGUGCCAUCUGAUGACGGCUGCGGGCACUAAGCGUGGUCAGCCAUGGUGUCCUAGAUUUAAGGCAACGCGACGCGCUAAUUUGAAUGCCGUGAGCCUCGCCAAUGCAUUGCUCUCGGCGUGAUCUGCACCGCACAUGAUGGCACUCAUAACUGCGCUAUUGCGGCCCGACCGUCUUCUGAACUGUUUAGCAUUGCUCACUGACAAGAUCCACGAGAAAUGUUCUGGGAAUUUGUGAAAUUAUUUUUACGGUUGAAAGUUUAAAACCUUGAAUUAAUGAAAGUCGCAAUUUAACGAAGUUUGUUGCAGCAAGUACAAAUCGAAAUUUGACUGUAUUAUUAAGCCUGUAUGUUUCUUUGGGUCAUUAAGCAGCAUCUGUCUGCUCACAUUUUUUUCAGAAUCGUGUAAAUCAGCUGCCCUGAAAGACACCCCAGCCUCUCAGAACUCGCAACCACAUCCUACAUCUCUGUGUCCAGAAAAGAGUGCUCAGGCUAGCUGGCCGCAAUUGUGAAUGUGCUUCCUUUUAUAAUAUGUUUUUCUGCACGUAAUAUUCUGGGAAAUUUGCUGCUGUUGCAGCUCAGCAUUGGUUGUUUCCUGGCACCAGUCGUCCAGAACAAUGUUGACGCUAUUGUUCCCUCUUCAGGGACCUCCUCAGCACGAUUUCUUUGCAAGGCAGCCAACAGUGGUUCUGAGCUCAACGCAUAAGCGGUUCCUUGAGAACAGGGACGGUAUUUUCGGGCUAUCACUUUCAGAGAUAGUUUCACUUUCGUGAGAUUUCGCGGGACUCUGCGCUGGAUGCGCCGAAGUAUACUGCUGACAAUGCUCAUGGCACUAUGCCAUAAUAUCGAGAUUGGCACAGCACCAGAAAUGGCCAUCAGCCCUAUACGCGGAUGCACCCAGGGCCGGGUCUCGUGAAAUUUUGCAAAAGUGAAAAUACCUCCAAGUGAAAAUUGAUGGCUCGGGAAUACCACCCCAGAUGGCACUCAGCUUUUGCUUUUGACAAUGAGUGAAAAAGCAGGCCUGUGGACAACAGUUUUGCGAGCUGGGAGGUUUUGCAGGGCAGCCAACUUGCAACACAGUAGUAUUGAUGCCAGCUAUGCAUCUUGCCGUUUCGUUAUGUGACAGGUUCACUGCCUAUUUUAUAAAAAGUGUGGUCACAUGACCACAAACGUGAAGAUGAUCGACAUGCCCAGCUGUGCUGUUCUUGCUGGUUGAGCAUUCGAUUGUGAAGCUUGCAGUUGCUUAAUAGUGAUGCAUCCUACGAGUCCGCUUGCCUCUAUGACAAGCUCAGAGUUGAUAUAGGAGACUAAUUUCUCAAAGCAUGUGCCUCCUUUAGGGCAGCUGUCCUGUUGUCUCAUAUUGGCAGGUUUUAUGUCAGUCAAGGAAGUCUUUCCUGUCAUAGUAUUCAAAGAAACCCAGAAAAUUUGUGUUAACGGUGUAUCUUCUGCAUAAAAAAUGUAUACAGUAAAACCUUCUUAAUCCGGCGCUUAUUAAUUCAAAGAUUCGGAUAAUUUGGACUCGUCUUUUGGUCCCAGCAGGCUUAUGCAUUAUUUAAGGCAGUCAACCUCUCGUUAAUUUGGACGUAUUGGGCCAUCAGUUGGUUUAUUCGGAAAUUUGGACAACACUUGUAGCUUGACGAGUGCAGGGCGCUGCAAAUGUGCAACGUGAAAGAGCAAGAACAGAGCUAGCGUCAAACUGAAACGAAGUGGUGGUGUCUGCAUCACCAUAGCCAUCAGUGGAAAUCGUACGUGAACGAUGGCAACUUCGGAGCGCUUCGUGCCAAUUUGUGCCUUUAUAGCCUUUAUUCUUGCGUUUACCAUGGCGCAUCACACUGCAUUGGCCACGUGCCUUCAUAACUGUAUAGUUACCAUCCAUGAAUGCAUGGAUAGCCACCAAAGUUUUGUCCACGGCGAUUGCGGCAAACAGUAGUUUUGUUUUGAAUUGGUACGCGCAUCAGCCGCAUGCUGUCAGAAGCACAUCGAUAGCGACCACGGUUUUGUCCGUAGCAGUUCUGGCAAGCAGUAGUUUUGUUUUGACGCAGCGCAACCGCUGCCCGCACAAUCUCAUUAACACGACAGAUGCUGUCAAGGAUGAGGAGUGCCGGCUACAUCACGAUGGAUGGGGGAUCUGUUGGUGACUAGCUCACUGGCGAAAAAAUAAUCGAGACAUGUGCACAGUAGUGAAAUGCGCAUGUCAGAUAAAAACGUGCACCGUGGCCACACUGUGAAGGAAGUCGCGAGUCCUUUGCCACUGCAAACGCCGAUCAGUCGCAAGAUAACGAGAAUUGCAGCUUUAGCAUAUUGCUUUUGUGCAAAACAGAAGUGGGAUUAGCUGAUUCAUUUAGUAAAUAAAAGCGUGUCGAUGCAGCAAGCAUUUGUGUAUUGUUAUCUUGAUACCCUCGAUAGUUCGAAAUUCGGUUCAUUUGGACAUUUUUUGCCGUUCCCAUGAAAUCCAAAUUAACGAGGUUUUACUUUACAAUGUUAGAGAUUAGCACGAAGGUGAGGGAUAAAGACAAGAAGGGAUUGGCUCAAUUUCUUGCCUUGACUGACACCUGUGUUUGUUUUCACAUGUUUUUUUCUUUUCUUUUUUCUCGUAUCCUAGUCACUUGAAUUACGUUGUUUUGCAUUGAAUUUUAUAUCUGUGCACCAAACUGACUUGCCUGCUAUCCUAGACUGCAAUGUUAUUUACUUGGACACAAGCACAAUAGCAUGCUACAUCUGUCCCUUGUGUUGUUAAUGAUGACUUGUACUACCGACUUCAUGUAGCACCGCUACCUUUAAAACCGUGUUUCCAGUUUCAUUGCUUCCUUCUGUACCUCUCGAACCCUGAUUAUGAGUGCAGACUGACCAAGACAGUAGAGCAUUUGCAGCAGUGGGUCUUGCAGCAGGUCGCAGACGAUCAUCAUUCUGUCAGUUAUAAUGGAUAAUUAGUAUGUGUCAGUGUUUGCUAAACAGAAUGCACAUAUGUAUUUCAUUUUUAAGUCUGGCAACCUUUCCUUUAAAAGAACACACUUCAUAUGACUGCUGCCAUGACAUCAACAAUUUGUGAACGCAGUGAGCAGCACCGGCUAUUAGCCGGUGAUCUUUUUAUUGUUAACUGAAUUUUUAAAUACCACUCGUGGUCAUAUAGUGCAAUUCUACUAAUUGAGCUGGAUUACUCUGAGGCGGACAUUUUCACAAGAAAUUGAAGGUAAUAUUUCAGAAAUUAACUUUUUAAUAAUUAACUUUUAAAUUAAUUACUUUAUGGUAGAUAUUGCAAUUUACUAAUUGUAGCUGGCGACUUUGAAAGUCAUAUCCACUUAGAGCGAAUUCUGAGAAUGAUGGCAGUUUUACGAUGUGCAUACCCAAAGUUUACUAUGAAUUGGAUUGUUGCAAUAAGUUGAGCUUCAGUGCAUAAAAAGACAUUUUGUUAAAAAAGGAAGUGGAACAAGAUAAACACUAAAGAGAGACGCCAAGUCAGUUUAGACUGAUAAAGUAUUAUGCGAAAAGUCUAUUUUCAUUAAAUUUGCGAUAAUAGGUUUAUUAUUAGAACAGAGCAUGAACGUCAAAGUUUAAUUUUUUUAAAUUUUGCACCGAAACCCAAAUGCUGCUACGUCACCAUGAUGCCGUGAAUUUAAAUUUUUUUUUCCAAUUCGGGCUCUUCGCUCAGUAGAAGUUCCCGAAUCUUGCCAUGUUCAGACUUGGGCUCCUUUAUAAAACAAUGUAGUCCAUUUUUACCAAAGUAGAAUUAACUAUAGGCCCUAGCAAAUGGCUGGCAAAAUCCAUGACAUCACAAGCGACUUCUCGCAGUACAAGGGCUGUUUUUAGUAUUGUAGAAGUGGCAGUGUGCUACCACUGGUGAAAUCAUUUUUCUCUAUAUUGUGUCUGUUUAACGCUUUCAGGUGCCAAUUAUUUCUGUUGAUUAAAAUCUUACUUUCACUGCU